UCAAGCCCAGCUGUGUCUGCAUGCAGCAUCGGCCACAUAACCACGCCGGGAGAGUAGUGCACUCGACCCAUCUACUAUCGCAGACGUGUUUAACUGUAGAAUAUGUCUACCUCACGGACAGUCAUAUGUUUGCUGAGAAAUGACUUGCGUCUUCACGACAAUGAGGUGUUUCACUGGGCCCAGAGGAAUGCUGAACACAUUGUACCCCUGUGUUAUCCAGCUGGUUUCACUGGGGGCCAACUCUACUCUACCGGCCCCUUCCGCCUGCGCUUCCUACUGGACAGCAUCCAGGACCUCAGGACCAGUUUGAUACAGAGAGGCAGCACCCUGGUGGUGAGACGGGGCAGGCCACAGGAGGUGGUUGGUGACCUCAUUAAGCAGCUAGGUUCUGUUAGCGCUGUGGCCUUCCAUGAAGAGGUGGUGCCAGAGGACCAGCAGGUGGAGAGAGGAGUGAGGGAUAUUUGUUCUCAGAUGAAGGUUAAAGUUCACACCUGCUGGGGGUCGACACUAUACCACCGAGACGACCUCCCUUUCAACCACCUAUCCAGGCUGCCUGACGUAUACACCCAGUUCAGGAAGGCAGUGGAAACCCAGGGCAGGGUGAGGCCGGUCUUGCCCACCCUAGACCAGCUGAAGCCUCUCCCCCCUGGGUCAGGUCUGGAUGAAGGCCUCAUCCCCUCCCCAGAAGACCUGGAGCAGACAGAUACUGUGAGGGACCCUCGCUCUGCCUUCCCCUGCAGCGGGGGAGAGACUCAGGCCCUGGCCAGACUACAGCACUACUUCUGGGACACGGUGAGUACAUUUUAGUAAUGUAUCCAGAACAACUUACAGUUAGCGCAUUCAUCUUCAGAUGGCGAGGUGAGACGGCCACUUCUCUGUCACAGCAAGGAGGACACUUUCCUCAAUAAAGCUGCUACGUUCUCAUAAUGUAGGUUAGGGUCCAGUAGUAUUCUGUUGUAAUGUAGGUUAGGGUCCGGUAUUGUUCUGUUGUAAUGUAGGUUAGGGUCCGGUAUUGUUCUGUUAUAAUGUAGGUUAGGGUCCGGUAUUGUUCUGUUGUUGUAAUGUCGGUUAGGGUCCGGUAUUUUUCUGUUGUAAUGUAGGUUAGGGUCCGGUAUUGUUCUGUUAUAAUGUAGGUUAGGGUCCGGUAUUGUUCUGUUAUAAUGUCGGUUAGGGUCCGGUAGUGUUCUGUUAUAAUGUAGGUUAGGGUCCGGUAUUGAUCUGUUGUAAUGUAGGUUAGGGUCCGGUAGUGUUCUGUUAUAAUGUC